UAUAAUGGGAGCGGAGGCAACCCAGAGCUCCUCAUAGGGGGGGUGCAUAUCGCUGCUGUCUCCUCUGCUCGGCGCUCUCCGGCUCCUCACCCAGCCUCUCCAGCUCCUCUCCCACAGCCCAUGCUUUGGGGCUCUCUCUCUCUCUCUCUCUCUCUCAGCCCCCUCCCCACUGGAUCCGUACCUCUUCGACAUGGAUGUCCCGCCGUCCCUCGACCCGGAGGAUCGUGGUUUCUUGGCGCAGUGAAGGAGGAGAAGGAGACGGUGGAAGGGAUCAUGCCGGGACUGCUAAUGGAUUUAGGGAGAGCGCAAGUGACCAUGCCGUGAUCUUGCGCAUCCAGGGCCGCCGUCACCCUGCCUUGCCCAGCGACCGGAGAAGAAUUACGGGGGAAUCGAACCCGCGCACCGGGGGGGGGUUUAAACCACUGUGCAUUCUUUUUUUUUUCUUCCCACAACAACAUGAAGAUUACCUCCCAUCAUCUGAUGAUAACCAGUCUCGUUUUCAGGUCCAACCUCAGGCUGAUCCCGCUUCUGCUGCUGCUGCUUCUUGGAUACACUCGCGGGAUGCCACACGUUUUGAGAUUCGGAGGAAUAUUUGAAUCCAUCGAGAGCGGCCCCUCCGGAGCAGAGGAACUCGCCUUUAAAUUUGCCUUGAACACAAUCAACAGGAACCGCACCUUGCUCCCCAACACCACGCUGACCUAUGACAUCCAGAGAAUCAACAUCUUCGACAGCUUCGAGGCCUCCAGGAAAGCAUGUGACCAGCUCUCCCUCGGGGUGGCGGCCAUUUUUGGCCCCUCGCACAGCUCGUCGGCCAAUGCAGUCCAAUCCAUCUGCAACGCUCUGGGAGUGCCCCACAUCCAGACCCGGUGGAAGCACCAGGUGUCGGACAACAGGGACUCGUACUACGUCAGCCUGUACCCCGACUUCUCCUCCCUCAGCAGAGCCAUCCUGGACCUGGUGCACUUCUUCAAGUGGAGGACGGUCACUGUUGUCUAUGACGACAGCACAGGUACAGGUCUCAUUCGACUGCAGGAGCUGAUCAAGGCGCCGUCACGAUACAACAUCCGUUUGAAGAUCCGACAGCUGCCCACCGAGACCAAGGACGCCAAGCCCCUUCUGAAGGAGAUGAAGAAAGCGAAGGAGUUCCACGUCAUCUUUGAUUGUGGCCAUGAGAUGGCUGCGUGGAUCCUGAAGCAGGCCCUCGCCAUGGGGAUGAUGACAGAGUACUACCAUUAUAUUUUUACUACCCUGGACCUGUACGCCCUGGACAUGGAGCCGUAUCGUUUCAGCGGCGUCAACAUGACGGGGUUCCGCAUCCUCAACACGGAGAGCUCUCAGGUGACGUCCAUCAUCGAGAAGUGGUCAAUGGAGCGGCUGCAGGCCCCCCCCAAGCCGGACUCGGGCCUGCUGGAUGGAUUCAUGACGACGGACGCGGCGCUGAUGUACGACGCCGUGCACGUGGUGGCGGUGGCGGUGCAGCAGUCGCAGCAGAUCACCGUCAGCUCCCUGCAGUGCAAUCGCCACAAGCCGUGGCGCUUCGGCGGCCGUUUCAUCAGCCUCAUCAAAGAGGCUCAGUGGGACGGCUUGACGGGACGUGUUCACUUCAACAAGAGCAACGGGCUGAGAACAGACUUCGACCUGGACGUGAUCAGUCUGAAGGAGGAAGGGCUGGAAAAGAUCGGAACGUGGGAUCCUCCCAGUGGCCUGAAUAUGACAGAAAGUCACCGGAGCAGGACGUCCAACAUCACCGACUCUCUGGCCAACAAAUCCCUGCGUGUAUCCACGAUACUGGAGGAGCCGUACGUGAUGUUUAAGAAGUCGGACAAGCCUCUGUAUGGGAACGACCGUUUCGAGGGCUACUGCAUCGACCUGCUGAGGGAGCUCUCCACCAUCCUGGGGUUCCGCUACGAGCUGCGAUUGGUGGAGGACGGGAAGUUCGGCGCACUGGACGAGAGCACGGGCCAAUGGAACGGCAUGGUGCGGGAGCUCAUUGACCACAAAGUCGACCUGGCAGUGGCUCCUCUGGCCAUCACCUACAUCAGGGAGAAGGUCAUCGACUUCUCCAAGCCCUACAUGACGCUGGGGAUAAGUAUCCUGUACCGCAAGGCCAACGGCACCAACCCCGGGGUCUUUUCCUUCCUCAAUCCGCUCUCACCCGAUAUCUGGAUGUAUAUUCUGCUGGCUUGCUUGGGUGUCAGUUGUGUGCUGUUUGUCAUAGCCAGGUUUAGCCCGUACGAGUGGUACAACCCGCACCCCUGCAACCCCGACUCGGAUGUAGUGGAAAACAAUUUUACGCUGCUCAAUAGUUUCUGGUUUGGAGUUGGGGCUCUCAUGCAGCAAGGAUCCGAGCUCAUGCCCAAGGCCCUUUCGACUCGAAUAGUGGGAGGCAUCUGGUGGUUCUUCACCCUCAUCAUCAUCUCCUCCUACACGGCCAACCUGGCGGCCUUCCUCACCGUGGAGAGGAUGGAGUCGCCCAUCGACUCGGCCGAUGACCUGGCCAAACAGACUAAGAUCCUGUACGGCGUGGUGGAGGACGGCGCCACGAUGACCUUCUUCAAGAAGACGAAAAUCUCCACCUACGACAAGAUGUGGGAGUUCAUGAACAGCCGGAGACAGUUCGUGGUGGUGAAGGACGUGGAGGAGGGAAUCCAGCGCGCCCUGACCUCGGACUACGCCUUCCUCAUGGAGUCCACCACCAUCGAGUUUGUCACGCAGCGCAACUGCAACCUCACGCAGAUCGGCGGCCUCAUAGACUCCAAGGCCUACGGAGUGGGAACGCCGAUGGGCUCUCCAUACAGAGACAAGAUCACUAUAGCCAUUUUGCAGCUGCAGGAGGAAGGGAAGCUGCACAUGAUGAAGGAGAAGUGGUGGAGGGGGAACGGCUGUCCUGAAGAGGAGAGCAAAGAGGCCAGCGCUCUGGGGGUGCAGAACAUCGGAGGGAUCUUCAUCGUGCUGGCGGCGGGACUGGUGCUGUCAGUGUUCGUGGCCGUGGGGGAGGUCCUCUACAAGUCCAAACAGAACGCACAGCUGGAGAAGCGGUCAUUCUGCAGCGCCAUGAUGGACGAGCUCCGCGUGUCUCUGAAGUGCCAACGCCGGCUCAAACAGAAGCCUCAGCCGCCCGCCAUCGUGAAGACCGAGGAGGUCAUUAACAUGCACACGUUCAACGACAGGAGACUCCCGGGAAAGGAAACCAUGGCGUGAGGAGCUGAACGCACCCCGAAACACCCCACACACCCCCCCUCCCCAGUAAAACCAACAAGAGGACAGGGGGACACUGGGAGACAUUAAUGCUGACUUAACCCCAAACUGAAGUUAGCAGUCCAAAAAGAAAAACCGGAUUCCUUUUGAACCCACUCGCUUCUGUAGACGGAUGUUUCCUGUGGAAAUAUAGAUUCCUGAGCAGUGUCACCUCACUGUGACGUUCACUACUUUGAAGGGAGCUGGAAAAGGAAGGACUCGUGGUGGGGGGGGUUGUUGUGCCGAUGACGUGUGUAUUAAUGAAACGAUCCAAGAGGGUUUGGGAUUAAAAAAAAAAAAACAUAAGUGUGAACACACACACACACACACGUUACACAUGUAUGCACACACACUCAUCUGACACCUGUGCAGAAGGGGAAAGUCUAUCGUGACAGUAACACCAGAUGUAGUUUCUUUCUGUUGAUGUCAAUGCCCUUUUGUCUUACCUCCAUGUGUGUGUGUGUGUGUUUGUGUGACCCCGCCCACCUCCCACCUCCCUUCCGUUCCCCCCCUUCAGUGGCUUGAGUUCCUUUCUAAUGAUUUUGAGCAAAACGCUAAUCUCACAGCGACAGCGGGAGCGGUUAGACUGACCCGAGCGGUUUACUGACGUGAGACCGAUGUAUAAAAGUGAUGUUUAGUUCGGAUUCAUCUACGCUGACCUUGUUGAACACCCAUCGUUUUCUUCUGUAACGCCUUUCUCGUGCCAAAGGUCUGCCAUCGUAUAAGAACUUCCCAUCACGCCUUCUAUGUUUCGAAGCCUCCAAAAGCAAACGUACUCUGUCAAAGUCCUCAUCCUCAUCCAUCCUCCACUCGGUCUGCGGUUCUCACUCUGUAUCGGUUGUUGUUUAAAAUGCAGUAUUUCUACAAAAAAUGUUUUGUUUUUUUUUGUACAAGAACAAGAGGUUUUGUAGUACUUUGUAUCAUGGUAG